AUGAAGACCCAAUCCGUCCUCUUCGCCCUCGGCAGCAUGCUCCUUGCCGUCCAGGACGUCUCCGCCACCUGCUACGGCUCCGGCGACAAGUGGCCCAACAAGGAACAAGCCCGGCGAUUCGUCAUUGACGCUUGCAACAACAACGGCGGAAUGUUCACCGGCACCUACUGGAAGGGGCAAACCAAGGCCAUGUGCCCCAAAUCCAACGGGAUGGGUCUGCUCUUCGAGGUCCAGAACCUCACCCCCAACGAGGGCAACUCCGAUCUCAACAACAACGAAUGCACCAUCCGCUUGGAAAACGAGAUCAAUGGCUGUGAUAGGGGCGGCCAGUCGACUGUCAGCGGUUGGCGCUUCCGGUAA